AUGUUUCAACGAACAGGCGGAUUUUCGGGUUCACGAGCACGAUAUGUGCCUAAUGUUUCAGCUUCACGAGGUGUUUACCGAUCAGCUUAUGCUCGACCAUCUGGUCGUUAUGUCGCUCGACCAGCCGUCCGACCAGUAGUACCAGCCGGACGUGCACCCGGCGGUGCUGGACUUCUUGCCGCUAUUCUUGGUCCUAUCGGUGGUCUAACUGGUUGCUUAUGCUGUCUAAAUACAAUCGGAGUUUGGGGUCUUUUCAUUACGGCAAUUCCAUUGACUGUCUUUAUGAGUCGAUGGUAUCGCGCCUACAAGAACCGUACCGGCAGCGGUGCUGAAGAACUUCUUGCUCCACAAAUGCUUCUUAUGUUACUCCUCGUAUGUUCGUUCUUAUUCACGUUCAUGCGUCGCUCAUAG